AUGAACCCUAAUAUCCCCGGCCAGCGCUAUCGAGGUCCACAAGAUGGAGCACCUAUGGGACCUGGAGCGCGGCCGGGGCACGACGUGCGUAACGGUCAUCCUCAGCCCGGUAUGCUGUCGCCACCGCCAGCGUCAAAUGGGUUUCAUCAGGGGGGUCAAAUGAGCCGAGCGGAGAAAUUUGAGGACGAAAAGAAGCGGAUUAUUGAAAGUUGCUUUAGCAAAAAGGACCCAGAUGGAUCAUUGAAUGAAUCGUACAUUACGCACAUACGCGUCCAGGAGGACGAAGAUCAUCCCCAAAGCCCCCCUCCCUCCGACUCCUUACCCCAGAAAAAGAAGCCAAGAGUCGUCAUGGUCGCUGUACGUAAAUCCGGUCGAGUGAGGAUGCACAAGGGUCGUGAAAAUGCGAAUGGAACAUUUUCAAUCGGGAAAACAUGGUCUUUGGACGAUUUGAACAGGGUGGAGUCAUUUGCGCAUGCCAUGCCACAGACAGCCGAAGAGCAACAAUACAACCAACCCGCAUCAGACUCUGGCUUCGUCGUCACCCUUCAAAAGCCAUAUUAUUGGCAGGCCGCGAGCGCGAAGGAGAAGGAAUUCUUCAUCUUCAGCCUCAUCAAGAUAUUCAAGAAAUACACCGGAGGCAGAUUGCCUGAGUUGAUCGGAUUCAGUUCUCAAGAAUUAGAACAGCUUGGAGCAUCGGCCGGGCAACCAAGCACUGAUACACCCAGACCUCGUCCAAACGGCCACCCAGUACCCACAAACCGAGUCCCUAGUCAAGACCCUCCUCCGAGGGCGGCUCGUUCAGACGCACAACCUCCAGAAGCGUCAAGGGAAAGGCGGCGACGGCCGUCGCAAGAGCAAAGGCCUACUCAACCUGAACGAACCCUGCACAGUACCGCGCAACAAGAGCACCGCCUUCUACAUAGUGCAACUUCUCGUGAUCGAGCUUUACGUAACGCACCAAGCAAUGAGCGUAUGCGUCUGCCAGGUGCUUUCCCUUCAACCGACUCCAUUCACUCACAAACCUCUCAAUCAAUGCGUUCUCGUCGAUCAGAAUCUCCCAAUUCAAUGAAGGCGCCUUCGUACUCUACCACCAGCAAUUCUCGUGCUCCCAGUGAGAAUCGGCAUGAACCCUCCAGUUCCUACGAAACAGCCCCACCGUUCGCCCAGUCUGUCCCAAGCGGACGGUCCAGCAGCGAGCAGUCGAGACUGAAUGGCACAUAUCCAACUCAGGCCCGCAUCAGGGCUCACAGCCAGGCUCGUUCAGAGUCCACUGAUGAAAGGCCGCGUACGGCGGCUAAAGGAAGCGAUAUACCUCCAGCCCUGGAGAUAAGAAGCCCGAAGCAUAGACCGCCGACCACGUCAAGCGAUUCCAAUUCUCAACUUGAAGGCAGCAUCUAUUCUCAGAAAUCACGUACUCAACCUUCAGAAUCUAUGAAUGGCGAUAGGAGAGCCGGAUCAAGGCAAGGGAGGCAAUCCGACCGGGAUAUGAAUGCCCCAGCGCCGCCAUCAUUAGGGAGAAGUCGCUCGAAAAAUGACAUUCGUCCACCGAAGCCACCCAGCCAAGAUGGAUUGGAACGAAUACCGAAAGAGGAGCCGAGGAAGUUCAAAGAGCCCAUUGAAUCGCCAGUCGUUGCAACUAAGCCAGAAUCGAUUCCCUCAGAGACACAAAUUGAUCCGACUCCUACUCCUGACCAUCCAGAAUCUCAAUCAGUGACAGAAACCCAUCGUCCUGGGCUAGGACCUAUGAUCAAAAAGAAAUCGAAUGCGGAGAUAGCAAAUAAGUUUCGCAAAGCAGCUACCGCCUACAACGCAUUCAAACCUCGUCCAGGCAUGCCAGGUGAGAAAGGGCUAUCAGAGCAGUCAUCAACCGGAGACGGUAUCACCGGCGUGUUCCAAGCAUCGACCCUUCUACGAGGUGUUAGCCAGGAUGAUGCGAGGCCCGGGACACCAGGCAUUAAGAUAGAUUCGCGGCCAGCCACUCCCGAUGCGAAAAAAGAAAACUCUUUGCUAAGCUUAACAACCUCUCCGGCGAAGCAGACAAUCUCUCCAUCUCAGGAUCCCAGUAGAUUGCAAGAACCUGUCGACCCUCUAGCCGCCGAGAAGGUUGAAGCUCCGGCAGCCAUCACUAAACCUCCUGUGCCACCGCAAGAUGAACGUCGCAAGAAGAGGCAAUCCGAUCAUUCUGCAAAAUAUGCGAAAUCGUUAGGUAUCAAUCCCAGCCUCCUGGAAGGACGCACAUUUGAGAUAGAAGCAAUUUUGAAUGACUUUGGAUGGGGUGAAGAUAGUAAUAAGACCACGUUCGAAAAUUUAGAGACUGGCAUCCGCAAAGAGCUUGCUCGAGUGGAAGCAGGGAGCUGGUUAGGUGCGGUGGACAACAGCGAUGACCGCACUCUCGUAGUUGGUGACAUGAUUGAUAAGGUUAUGGCUGAAUGUGAGGAACUAGACUGUCUCUUAACUCUUUACAAUGUCGAACUUGGGACCUUGAGUGAAGAUGUCGCUUAUAUUGAGGCUCAGUCUCAAGGCCUCCAGGUUCAAACCGCCAAUCAGAAGCUGCUUCAUACAGAGCUCAGAAACCUUCUAGACAACAUCUCGAUUUCCAGCUCUCAGCUAAGAAUUCUCAAAGACGCAUCUUUAUUCAAAACAAGAGGCAUUCGCGAGAUCGAAAGCGUGCUCAGUCAACUAUAUACAGCUAUGUCAAUGAUCGAUCCCAAGCUUCGCCAUGACGAGGACGCAGGCCCGCCUGAUCAAGCAAAUGCCUACCGAAAAAGCAGCGUGGGCCAGGAUGCAACAGAGUUGAGCUCCAUGCAUGCAGUCCGAGAGAAGAGAGAACUGUUCCAAAGGGAGAGUUCAGAAUUCGUCCAGCGACUCAAACAUGGGAUGAAUGUAAUAUUCCAGGAAAGCGAGACACAGACAAUGGAUGCCCUGGACAGAGCAAAAGCCGGCAAUUUGGUAGACUCUCCUAGACUUGACGAGCGGCUGAGAGAGAAACCAAAGCAGGAUCUCUGGAUGUAUUCAGCCUUGCUACUUUUUGUUCGAGAAAUACAGCCCUUGGAGUGGGAAAAUCUGAUGAAAUUGUACGAUAUACAUGCGCGAAAACCGUAUCAAGAUGAAAUGAGAGAGAACAUGCUCGCUUGGAGAAAAAUAACGCAAAAGCCUUCUGGAGAUGAGCAGGACGUCCUCUUCACCGCACAGGAGAAAGAGCAUGAAAGCCUUGUAGGACGGAAGCUAACAGUCAAGCGAUCGAAGACGGUCCGAGCGGAUGGACCCAGUCGAAUAUCUUCAGGCGAGCGACCGAAAGACGGCAAGCAUCCAGCUUACGUAGCUUUUGCCUCAAUUCUCACCGGCGAGGCGCGUCUCAUCUUGAUCGAACAGAAUUUCAUUGUCAAAUUGUUCCACGUAUCGUCUCUAGACACUCAAGACUUCGCUGAUGCAAUUGCAUCAGAACCUGGAGACCGACAACCAAGCGAUUUGGAUGUCAAACAGCCACCCGAUCCGAACAGAACCCUAGCACGCAAAGUCCUUGGUGUCAUGGAAGACAUUUUUAGUUUCUGGCCUGCUGAAGUGCAAGGCUUAGUUGAUUGGUUCGUCAAGCAAGAUUCUAUGAACGCUGUUGGGAUGCUUUACACUAUGGAGACUCAGCUAUCAAAUAUUGAAGAAACAAACCAAGAGUUCCUUUCCCAAACCAUCGGCCGCAUCCAUGACCGCCUUAUCACACAAUUCUCUCGCUUUAUUGAAGAACAGGUACGAGGCAUCGAAGACACCAAAGUCAAGAUUAAGAAGAGGAAAGGCGUCAUCAAUUUCAUCAAGAUUUUCCCUGGCUUCUCAGUCGCCAUUGAAAAGAUGCUGCCGCCUACGGCUCUCCUGCCGCAGCUUCAAAUCCGAGGCAUCGUUGAUGAUGCAUAUCGGUCUAUCAACAAGGCCAUGUUCGAGUCGCUCAAGUUCAUUGCCAAGGAGUCACCCACUGCAAGCCACUCACACCUGGGCACAUCACUUGGAGAUAACGAAGACAAAGAAGCGCUAAAUCACCAUAUUUUGAUCAUCGAGAACAUGAGCCAUUACAUUGAGGAAACCACACUUCAUAACAACCGAGUGCUGGAGGAAUGGAACUCUCAUGCCCAAGCGGACAUGCAAGAACAUCUCGAUCUUUAUCUCGCGUCAGUCCUUCGUAGGCCUUUAGGCAAGCUACUUGAUUUUGUGGAGUCAACAGAAACUCUUCUCAGCAAUAGUCUUAACAGUUCACCGCCCUCCGCGAUCGCCCAGCGACCGUCACAUUCAAGGCAAGUCUUCAAGAAGGUCCUGUCUUCCUAUGACGCGAAGGAGAUACGUCGGGGCGUAGAGGCUCUCAAAAAGCGUGUCGAAAAACAUUUUGGAGAGGCGGACGACUCUGCUAUUUUAGUGAACAAGGUCCUCAAAGCGUGUGAAGCGCGCUAUCAAAAUAUACUUGAGCGCGUGGGAAAGUUGGUACGCGACGUAUAUUCUGGGGGAUUGGAAGUCGAGUGGAGGAGAGAAGACGUGAACAACGCUUUCAAGAAGUAG